CGCAACCCUCAGGGUCAGGCUCAGGGGGUGCCGGUGGCAGCAGCAGCAGCAGCGCUCCCCUUGGUCGUGGCAACAUGCGAGGCAGGAGGACCAUGGACACGCCCGCCAGGGUUCUAAAAACCCGACCAGACAGUCUAAGCACCAAGCAGGGUGCAAUCACAAGAGAUGCAGCGGCGCAGAAAUUUGUUGUAAAUUACUUCCGCCUCCGUACAGUACCUACAUGGGUGCUGCAUCAAUAUCGAGUGGACAUCGCUCCGGAGGAAGAGAGGACAGGUACGAGGAAAUAUCUUCUGCGUAGUCACCAAGAAAGAUUGGGAGGAUAUAUUUUUGAUGGUACUGUCCUGUACACACAAUCACGGCUGACGACCCAACAGAAUCCAGAGUUGACAUUAACAUCUAGUAACAGAGAGGGCACUGUAUUCACCAUAACUAUUCGGCAUGUUGGUCAAGUUGACUAUGGGGACUAUGCCUAUGUGCAAGUUUACAAUUUGAUCUUGAGAUAUUGUAUGACUGCAUUAGGUCUUCAGCUGGUGGGGCGAGAUUAUUAUGAUCCCGCAGCUAAGAUUUCAGUACCACAGCAUGGGGGGAUGGAACUAUGGCCUGGCUACAAAACAAGCAUUCGACAACAUGAAUCCAGCAUUUUAAAUUGUGUUGAUGUCACUUGGAAAGUUAUGAGGAUUGAUACAGUUUUAGACGAGUUGAGGAAAUUGCAUCAGCGGUGGACCACCACCGAAGAAUUAGAGGCUGCUUUUCGCGAUGAGGUAGCUGGCUGUGUUGUUUUGACCAAAUAUAACAACAAGACGUACAGGGUAGAUAGUGUAGACUGGGGGAAGAACCCGGCCUCUACGUUCGAUUGGAGGGGCGAGCAGAUCUCAUUUGCUGAGUAUAUGAAGAGAAAAUACAAUAUCGGAAUAAGGGAUAUGAAACAACCCCUACUUGUCUCCAAAGCCAGCACCAGGGAUAGGCGAGCUGGUAUGGCUGAGGAGAUAUGUCUGAUCCCUGAAGUGUGCUACUGCACGGGGUUGACAGACGCAAUGAGAGCAAACUAUCGCCUAAUGCAGGAAUUGGCUGUCCACACCAGGAUGGAUCCAGGUAAAAGGAUCCAAAAGCUUAUGGAUUUCAAUCAGAAGCUGCUAACAAAUCAACAGGCUGUGGCAAAGCUUAAAAUGUUCGACAUGAGUUUGGAAAACAACUUAGUCACAGUAGAUGGUCGAGUGGAGGUAGCUGAGCAAAUAAUAUGUGGGGGAAAUGGAACAACUAAGAAAACCCAUGAUUGGACGAGAGAUUUGAGGGGAAAACCUCUCCUCACACCCAAAAUUUUAGAUUAUUGGGUGGUUUUGGUUCCUACUCAAUUACAUGCUGACACCAUGUCAUUUAUCACUGCUGGCCUGCAAGUAGCAGCUUCUGGCAUGAAUUUUAAUAUGCAUGAUCCACAGAUUGUUAAAAUGCAGUCAGGGAAUGCUGGAGAAUAUUCAAAAGUGUUAGACAAAGUCUUAGACCAGUCACAACCUAAAUUAAUAAUGUGUGUGGUUUUGGGAAAUCGGGCGGAGGUUUACUCAGCCAUUAAAAAGAAAUGCUGUGUUGACCGAGCUGUUCCCACUCAAGUGAUCCAGGCUAAGAACGUAACAAAACCACAAGCAGCUCGGUUGUCUAUUGCUUCUAAGGUAGCAAUUCAAAUGUGCUGCAAGAUAGGGGGUGCCCCCUGGACUGUAUCCAUACCACUAUCGGACCUCAUGGUGGUGGGCUUUGAUGUAUUCCAUGAUAAUAAAGUAAAGGGCAGGAGUCAAGGUGCUAUGGUGGCAUCACUGGAUCAAGCUAUGUCCCGCUACUAUAGUACCGUAACAGCCCACAGAACUGGGGAAGAGCUCUCUACCAAUCUAGCCGCAAGCGUUGUCUGUGCUUUGAGGAAGUACAGAGAGGUAAAUGAUGGCCGACUGCCAGGACGCAUAAUUAUUUAUCGUGAUGGUGUGGGUGAGGGACAGAUUCCAUACGUAAUCACCACCGAAUUAAACAAUGUAAAGGUUGCUCUUAAUAAAGUUUACAAUGGCCAAGAUGUGAAAAUGGCCUAUGUCAUUGUAACUAAGAGGAUUAAUACAAGAAUCUUCACCAAUGAAAGAAGAAAUGCUCCACCUGGUUCUGUGGUUGAUGAUGUGAUCACUGACCCAGAGAAAUAUGACUUUUUCCUGGUGUCGCAGAGUGUGGGCCAGGGAACAGUCAGCCCUACCUCAUACAAUAGAAUGCCCGUGGUCAACGUCCAUAAGACCGUGUGA